AAUCAGCGACUCGGCCCGGGGGGGCUGGGCCAUUCCCGAAAUAAUGAGACGCCUUACAGAGAAUUAUUCAAGCAAGAAAAUCUCAUUCAUUUCGCCGAUUCAUUUGCAUCCCAGGACAGCCCAUCAUACAGCAAACACUCAAAAGAACCAUCAUCUGGGAACAUCAUCGUCCGACAUCUCAUACUAUCCAUCCACUUGAACAAGCGUGAUCGUAAAGCUGCUCAGCUUCCACGCCGAGUGCGAUAGCACUGCAUGGCGUCCUCUGAUAGGAGAGCCUCACGUCUUCGUGUGCUCACUACCCGGGAUGACGAAGAUGACGGGGCGGAGCUGGCCUCCCUUCGUAUCCUCCUGCCCUUCCUCGCCCUCGUUCCUAGCGAGCGCCUAGUACUUGACCUGCGCAGCAGCCCUGAUGACUUUGCCCGUCUGCAUGUACGGCAUAGUACGUACAUCCAGGGUCUCGACAACUUGGACCAGCGGUACAGCACCUUACCGCCGCGGCAUGUGGCCUUUUUGAUCGUCUGCGAUGCAGGGGACGAGAGCAAGAUCCGAGAGACCUUUGGCGGACGGCGCAGGAACGUGCUCGGCGUUGUGCUCUGUGGUGGAAAGGAACACCAGGGGGACAUCCCAGGGACCAAGAUGUUCUGGGACCUGGCUGAGGCUCUGAAGCUGACACAGACAUGCAGCGUCGACCAGCUCGCAUCUCGGCGUCUGGCGAACCCGCUCGAUCGGCCGUUCCUUCUUGGCAAGCCUGCGCCCGUAGUAGUCCGAGCAGCAGAAUGGGCCGAGUGUCUGCGCGUGGACGCGCGCCCGAGAGAAACAAAUGCAAAAGGCAUGAAGAGAGAAAGAUUACGCGCUCUCGAUUUGGGCUGCGGCGCAGGACGCGACAUUGCCUGGCUUGGUUGGUCGCGGUCCACGGAGCGCGGACGCGCAAUCACGUGGAGCGUGCGCGGAGUGGACAAUCUGAAGCCUGCGCUGCAACGUGCUUGGCUGCUAAUGCAAGACUUCGGGCUGUCUCCUCCCUCAUCAUUACCACUGCCAACCGGCGAUGGCGACAACAGCAGAGCUGCCGAGGCGCAUGCGCGCAAGUGCGAAGGGCUCCUCUGGGCCGAGGUCACGCGCGAGGGCACGCUCAAUGCACUCUCAGGAAGCGGCCGAGGUCCGCGCAAGGCGACAAGGCUGGAUGCCUGCUCUAGCUCGAGCUUGCAAAAGCAAGAAAAGGAGACCACCAGCGCCGCACCUUUGUUCCCAACUGCUCAAGGCGGAAGUAGCAGACUGUCUGCUUUGCCGCUUGAUCACAGCUUUAGACUCGAAUCUCAGCAGCGCCUACUGGAGCGGCACGCGGCACUGGCUGACUUUGCGCGAGCGCACUUGUCGAGUGAAGCAGCUGCGAGAGCGACAGCAACGUUUGAUCUGUUGGUCCUUGUGCGCUUCCUGCCGCGCCAACUGCUGCUCGCGCUCCCCGCUCUCACACACGUUGGAAGCCUAGUGGUCGUCAGCCAUUUCUUCCAUGUUGGCGACGGCAUGGCGGCUAUUCCGAAAGGAGUGCGCGCAGACUAUGAAAACCCGCCUGUGGAUGCCCGCAUCAAAUCGGGGGAUAUGCUGUGCCUGAAGCAUGUCUGGGAGCAGCUGCCUGCCCGUGACCAUUCGUCAACGGCCAGAGCGCAAGCACAGGAGAUGCAGCAGCAAUGGGAUAUUCUCGAGCAAGUGAUCGAGCCGAUCGAGGACGGUCGGCCAGUUCAGAGCACUAUCUUUCGACGCUUGAGAUAGAUUGGCAAUGUGAUACCAUUUUUGCAUGCGGAAGAUUCUGCCCGAGUUGCAAAAGCACUGGGCAAUACAUGCACUCAUCCGGACCUGACGGCAGGGCAUCCCGGUAAACUCGCUGAUGGUGUACGGCCUGCUCAGCUUGUUGCCUAGUACUGCUGCUACUUCCCUGAGGUAUGUCUGCGGAAAAGGAGGCAGAGAGAUGAAGGCAGUUCGCAGCCCAAGAGGCGUUGCCUCGGCCAAGAUGGAUUGAUCGAAAGAAGAGCGUGGGGGAAAGGAGCUCUUUGAUUACAUAAGCAUUGCUUCAAUGGAUCGGUGGGGAGGCUCAACGUACACCUCAUCCUCUCGAAUGAGUCAAGGUCUCGACGCGGCCAUAGCCAUCC